AUGGCGUUACCAUUGGAGAGAACCGCCACCGGCCGCGAGUACAAGGUCAAGGACAUGUCGCAGGCUGACUUCGGCCGCCUCGAGAUCGAGCUCGCGGAGGACCAACUGGCCGCCCUUAUGUCCUGCCGCUCCGAGUUCAGCCCCUCGCAACCCCUCAAGGGCGCGAGGAUCGCCGGCUACCUCCACAUGACCCCCCAGACCGCUGUACUCAUCGAGACCUUCACCGCCCUCGGUGCCGAGGUCCGCUGGUGUUCAAGCAACGCUUUCUCCACCCAGGACCACGUUGCGGCCGCCAUCGCCCGCGACUCCGCUGCCGUCUUUGCCUGGAAGGGCGAGACCCCCCAGGAGUACCGGUGGUGCAUCGAGCGGGCCCUCGACUGGGGCCCCGGCGGUGGCCCCGACCUCAUCGUCAGCGACGGGGGCGACGCCAUCCUGCUCAUCCUCGAGGGCAUCAAGGCAGAGGAGGCCUAUGAGAGCACCGGUAAUCUCCCCGACCCGGCGUCUACCAACAACCCGGAGUUGCAGAUCCUGCUGACCACAAUCAGGGACGGGUUGGAGACCGAUCCGAAGAGGUACCACAAGAUGAAGGAGAGACUCGUCGGAGUCUCGGAGGCGACUGCCACUACUGUCGAGAGGUUUCACGGGAUGCAGGCCAAUGGGACUCUCUUAUUCCCCGUUAUUAAUGUCAACGACUCUGUCAUCAAGACCAAGGUUGACCUUUGUUGA